GUCUAACUUUAUAGAUUUAUGAAGAAAUUACAGUGAAAAACUAAUGAAUUCUAGUGAAUUAUUAAAAUGGAGGAUCAAGUGAAACUUAAUUCUUCAGCCUAUAGCGAAGUUUUUAGUUACAACGUGUGAACCUACCGGCCCUCUAGUCCCAAGUUGCAGAAGACAGAAUAAACUCUCCUUUUUUAUCAAGUGUUAGCACUGGAAAAUGUGAAAGAUGGCCUAACCCUGAUGUUCACCAGCAGAGAAACCAACUUAACUUCAUCAAAAGAUCUUCUCAAGUCUGCUUGGGUUUCAUCAGUUCCAUACUUCAAUUACCUGCACUGCAAUGGCCUAUUAUCGAGGGCAAGAAAGCCAUGUUCAUCCAUCUCAAAAUCUUCCACUAGUCUUAGUCCUUGAGCCACCACCAGUCUUUAAAUUUCAUGGGGACCAACUGUUGAAAAAAUUCCAAUUCUUGAAAGCAUGGGAAUCACCACUCCCUCUGGACCAAUUCUUGACUAUACAUGCACAUUCAGUCCAAGCCCUUCUCUCGCCUGGCACACAUCCAGUCACGCUUGAAACACUCAGGCUGCUGCCAUCUCUGGGGCUGAUCGUCACCACCAGUGUUGGUCUCAACCAUAUUGACCUGCCAGAGUGCCGCAGGCGUGGAAUUUCUAUAGCCAAUGCUGGAAACUUGUACUCUGAAGACGUCGCUGAUUUGGCUGUUGGCCUGCUGAUUGAUGUGCUCCGAAAAAUCUCUGUUGCUGAUCGGUAUGUAAAACGGCAGCUUUGGCCCAGUGAAGGAGAGUUUCCUCUUGGAAUCAAGUUAAGAGGCAGACAAGUUGGAAUUGUUGGCUUGGGAAGCAUUGGCUUUGAAGUAGCAAAAAGGCUCGAUGCAUUUGGAUGCAGUAUCUUGUACAACUCGAGAAGGAAGAAGCCAUCCAUACACUAUCCAUACUAUUCCAAUAUCUGUGAACUUGCAUCUAACUGUGAUGUUCUUAUAAUUUGCUGUGCAUUAACUGACAAAACCCAUCACAUGAUUAACAAGGAAGUUCUGCUAGCAAUGGGGAAGAAAGGAGUCAUUGUUAAUGUCGGACGCGGCGCUAUUAUAGACGAGCAGGAAAUGGUGGGGUGUUUAAUGCGAGGAGAGAUAGCAGGUGCUGGCUUGGAUGUGUUCGAGAAGGAGCCUGAUGUUCCGAAAGAGCUCUUUGAUUUGGACAAUGUUGUGCUGUCACCGCAUAGAGCUGUUCAUUCACAGGAAACUUUGAUGGCUUUGUGUGACCUUGUGGUGGGGAAUUUUGAAGCUUUCUUCUCAAAUAAACCCUUACUUACCCCAGUAGUUGAUGAAUGAUCUCAUUGAUUAACAAGGAAGAAUUACUGAAUUUUGAAGCUUUCUUCUCAAAUAAACCCUUACUUACCCCAGUAGUCAAUGAGUGAUCUCAUUGAGUAACAAGGAAGACUUACUGAAUUUCUUGUUUUAAGUAUGUGCGUUGUCUGUCAUGUAUGAACAUGAAAGUUAUUGAUGCCAACAAUUGUAGACAAUUGGCUUCGGCUAUA